CGUUUAUAAGAGAAGUUUUUUUCAUGAUGUUAUGGCUGAUGGCUUAUAAGAAAGGUUGACUAAAAAAGGGGAAAAUUUAAAUACCUUUGGCUUCAAAACUAACGAAAACGCUCUUUAAAUCCUAAAAUUAGCAUAUGGAUUUAUAAUUAUUAAAACGAAACCCAAAUAAAAGUCCAAUAUGGUUAAACUUUUCUAAAUAUGCAUGGAUUUGGAUGAUUUAAACCAGUAGGAAAAGAAAAAGCUUCAAAUUUUCAAGCAAUCCUAAACUCGCAUCAACUCAGGUCUAUCAAAUUAUGACUCACAAAACCAAACUCAUUUAUUCAAUAAUAAUCUAUGAAAUGAAAUAGUAGUAUGUAUAAUUAUAUAAUAUUUGAUUAUUUAUCUGUAAAGCUGUGGAGACACAAUUAUAGCCACCUUGUCUUUGCCAUAUUUCCGCAUUGCUUUAUUUUUCCCUUUCUUUUCUCUUUCUAUUUGCUUCAUAGGAAAAAGUUUUCAAGCCCUUUGAGGGUCUCUUUAAUGUACUGAGUAACGAGGAAAAGGUGUCCGGGGAUUUUGGGAAAUCUUUCUUUGGCAACCCCUUUUUCUUUGUUCUUUUUUUUUUUUAUCAUUGAAAAGAAAAAAAAGAUGGGGACAGGGGAAGUCUCAAAUUCCAGCACUGGGAAUCAAAAUGUGAGCAAUAACAAUGAAACCAAUGUGAUUUUAAAUGUCUAUGAUCUCACUCCUAUCAAUAAUUAUUCUUAUUGGGUUGGUUUCGGGAUUUUCCACUCCGGUAUUGAAGUUCAUGGUAAAGAAUAUGGGUUUGGGGCCCAUGAUUUUCCAAUUAGUGGAGUUUUCGAAGUGGAGCCAAAGAGCUGCCCUGGUUUUAUCUAUCGAUGUUCCAUCUUGUUGGGACAGACAAGCAUGCCUUUCUCUGAAUUCAGAGCGUUUAUUGAGAGUAUAGCUUCUGAGUAUCAUGGAGAUACCUACCACCUCAUCUCCAAGAACUGUAACCACUUUACAGAUGACAUGGCACAUAGAUUGACAGGCAAAGAUAUCCCUGGAUGGGUGAACCGGCUGGCUCGGAUAGGUUCUUUAUGCAGCUGCCUGCUUCCUGAAAGCCUUCAAGUAACUACAGUGAAGCAGUUGCCUGAAUACCACGAAAUGGAUGGAGCUGAGUCUGUCUCAACUGGCACCCCCGGCAAUUCAACAGAAAUUGAUGAUACGGAACAAGAUAAGCACUUGCUCUCACCAAAAGAUGGAAAUUUGGAUAUAGCUUUUGUUAAAGAAGCCCAAAAGUGAUUGCAAGGUGACCUUAAAAGAGGUGUUACAAUGCCAGCCGUCAUCGAAAAUACUUGCUUUGAAUGUCAGAACCAAAUUGGAAGCCGAGGUGCUGAUUUUGCAUGCAUGGUUAUCAUUUGGAUGUUGUAAUAUUCUCCCAUAUUCUUUCCAAUUUUUUGGUGUCUUCAUUUUUUUUUCUCCUGCUUUUUUAUUUAAUCAGAAGAAUUUGGCAGUAGAAAUAUAGUUUGUUAAUGAUGUUUUUUAUGAGUGGUUACAUGAAAUUUCUGGAUGCCAAAUGGCAUAGCAGAUAAUUUAUUGUGAGCCUUUUUGACAGAAAGUUUAUCUCAAAACCAUACAAAAUCAGGGUUUUAUAUCAGUUCCAUGACAAUUACCUACGGAAGGAAAAAGCAGCUAAUAAUUUGCAGGCUCUGCACAUUUUUAGCUGCAAUUUUAAGAGCUCAAAUAAAACUAAUAGGCCAAUGAACAUGAUAAAGUUUGAACGAGGUUCUUCAACAAUAUAAAUUAUUCUCACUUGGUAUCUAUGACUAUGAAUAAGAAUCGGGUGGAAGUAACUCAUCUUUAAUAAUUGACAUCCAGCCCAAUUUCUUUCUCUUAUCUCAGGCAACGGCCUUUAGCAUUCUGUAAACACGUUUCGAUGCUCCAAUGCUCAGCUACCGGAUUUCCAACCAACAAGUUCCAACAUUGUAUAAACACAAGCAU